AUGGAGGAUGUGAUUAGCACCGGUCAGGAGAGUCACAAUAAGUAUCUCUCUGAAGUAGCAGUCAUGAAUAUUAACCCAGAGGAGGAAAAAGUGAGACUUAUAAGAAGUUUUAAUUUGAGCUCAAAACAGAAGUCAGAACUGAUUAAGAAUAAUGGGAACUCCUUAGGAAUGACGACAGAAAAGGUCACUGGUUGUCAGAAUAUGGGUGUUUUCAGUGAACCUGGUAAGAUGUGUGCUGUACAUAGUCCCCAAGUGUCUUCUGUAGUUGAAUUAUAUAAACAAUGUAAAAGGUCUUUCACUGAGAAGACAUACCCUAUUGUCCCUCAGAGAACACACACAGGAGAGAAACCAUAUGAGAGUAAAACGUGUGGAAAGAUUUUCACCAGUAAGGCAUACCUUACUGUCCACCAGAGAACACACACAGAAGAGAAACCUUUUGAAUGUAACAUUUGUGGAAAGUCUUUCACCUGCAAGAGAUAUCUUACUGACCACCAGAGAACACACACAGGAGAGAAACCUUAUGAAUGUAACAUGUGUGGAAAGUCUUUCACCAAGAAGUCAAACCUUACUGUACACCAGAGGACACACACAGGAGAGAAACCUUAUGAAUGUAAUGUGUGUGGAAAGUCUUUUACCCAGAAGAUACACUUUACUGUCCAUGAGAGAACACACACAGGAGAGAAACCUUAUGAAUGUAAUGUGUGUGGAAAGUGUUUCACCAAGGAGUCAACUCUCACUGUCCAUCAGAGAACACAUACAGGAAAGAAACCUUAUGAAUGUAACAUGUGUGGAAAGUCUUUUACCCAGAACUCACACCUCACUGUCCAUCAGAGAAUACACACUAGAAAGAAACCUUAUGAAUGUAAGGUGUGUGGAAAGUCUUUCACCCAGAAGAUAGGUCUCACUGUCCACCAGAGAACACACACAGGCGAGAAACCUUUUGAAUGUAACAUGUGUGAAAUGUCUUUCACCGAGAAGUCAAAUCUUACUGUCCACCAUAGAACACACACAGGAGAGAAACCUUAUGAAUAUAACCUGUGUGGAAAGUCUUUCACCCAGAACAUACACCUUUCUCUCCAUCAGAAAAAUCCCACCAGAGAGAAAUGUUAUGUAUGUAGCAAGCAUGGAAAUUCUUUCACCUGGAAGGCACAACUUAACAUCCAUCACAGAACACAAGAAGAGAAACCUUAUGAAUACAACCAGUGUGGAAAGACCUGGAGGUCACAGCUUAACACACAUAAGUUGAUUCACACAAAUGAAAUAACUUAG